AUGUAUCGUCGUCUUUUCGUUAUUGCCGGUCUGUUGUCGGCUUAUAUAGAUGGGUCCCCUGCUCAUGAUCCACCAGUGAAGAUUCUUGCCUUUGCUGGUGGAGAUGUUAUUCUACCGUGCAGUUUUAAUAUCUCUGACAACAAAGACUUUCCGACUGUUGAGUGGUCCAAGGAAGGCUUGAAGCCAAAUGUUGUCUUCUUGUACCGGGAUGGUUGUGAGACCUACGAGAUGAAGAAUCCAGCCUUCGAGUACAGGACAAGCCUGAUCAUGAAAGAGCUCAAAGAUGGAAACAUCUCAUUACGAAUCUCCAAUGUGCAGGUUUCUGAUACUGGAAAGUACCAAUGCCUUAUAUUGCCGAAAAAUGCCAUCAGGAAGGUUACAACAGUGGAGCUGGUUGUGGUGGCUGUUUCGGAGCCAAAGCUUUCGGUGAUUUCAGUGGAGGGCGGUGACAUAACUCUGCAUUGUGAAGCAAACUGCUGGCUGCCAGAGCCUCAGAUAACAUUUCUGGAUGACAAAGGAAAAAAGAUCUCUGAGGAAAAUCCAAAAAGAGAACAAGAUGCACGUGGAUGUUUCACUGUGACACAAAGAGCCACUCUGCAAAGAGCUACCAGCAGUGUCACCUGCAGAGUUCAUCAACCAGAGUUUAACCAGACAAGUGAAACAACGAUAGUCAUACCAGCUGGCUGUAUGAAAUCUGAUCUUCAAAUGGUUGCCAUCACAAUUGGAGGAACAGCUGUGUUUUUCUUAGCUGCAGCUGGACUGAUUACUCUUUUGUUUAAGACAUGUGGCAAUUUUGCUAUUGUAAAGCAGCCAGUGACUAGGAAGUCAUCGGAUCGAAGUAUAACAUGUGAAAGCGACUUCCUACUGACAACUGACAACUUGGUAAAUGGCUACACUGGGCAGAUGAAUGAGUUUCUUAUGGACGAUGAGACCAUAAAAAUACAGAACAACAAAGUUACUCACUACGACAGGGCAACAAUUGUUCGACGCUAUUCCACAACCACUCCAGGACCUGGUCACAUAUCUCAAAGAAACCACCGUAUGUUCAGCAGUCCAGAUAUUUUACAACUACAUUCACCAACAUACAACCCUUCUUCUGCUCUCAGUAGCCACCAGAUGAUCAACUCCAGUGUCUCGCCCCAUCGAAACACCCGCCUUCCUCAGCGUAGACACUCCUCAGUACUUCCACAUUUAGCAGAAUUUAAUAAGCAUCACAACCUCCUGAGAAAUUUACCUGAAGGAGAUGAACAGAAAAGUUUAUUAAGAAAUGAAAACAAAAGGAAACGUCAAUUGUACUAG